AUGCACAAUGAAAGCUUCAGACGGCAGGCAGGGGACCCAACCCCGCCGUACACGGACGCCACCAGAGGCCCGCUACUCAUUGGCAUGACGGCAGGUUUUCUUGCAAUUGCGUUAAUUUUCGUCGUCCUACGUGUCUAUGUACGGGCUUUAGUAUUGAAGAAAUGGGGUUUAGACGACACUCUCCUCGUCAUUUCAUUUGUUUUGGCAGUAUUCACCGGCACUACCUUUUCCAUAUGCACUACCGUCGGAUUAGGGAGGCAUAUCUGGACUGUUCCCGUGGACGUCCAACAAACGGGUCGCAGGAUGACAAUCGCUGCAACCUUGUCCUAUCACAUCACCUUUAUCGUGAUAAAAAUAGCUUUGCUUCUCCAGUACCGCCGAGUAUUCGCUCAUCCCAAGUUUUGCCUCGUAUGCGAUGUAAUGCUGGGCUUUAUUGCUAUAUUUGGCAUUGCAGUGGUGGUAUCAUCCGUCGCCAUCAGUGCUCCGACCUGGCGAGGCGACACGUUCGAGUUCGAGCGGUACAACCAGGGAGCAUGGUGGAUGGCAACAGCCGCGGUUCAUUUAGUGACGGAUAUGAUCAUUCUCUGCAUGCCGAUCCCGCUUUUGAGCAGCUUGAAUUUGAAAAGAGCUCAAAAGGCUGCGCUGAUAGUUACUUUUGGUGUCGGAUUCAUCACGACAGCCAUCUCUGUCGUCAGGAUGUCUACGCUCACUCAUGUCUUCACAGCGGACGUGACGUGGGACGUAAUCCCAUCAUUAAUCUGGUCCGAAGUUGAGCUCUGUUGCGCAGUGAUUUGCGCUUGCAUACCGACACUUCGCCCUCUCCUUCGCUCCACGAGACCCACUUCCUCGCAGUACUACAAUCGACAACGUUCCGAAGCAAGCGCCGAGGCGAAAUUGUCUCGAAAGCGGAUCAAUGGGGAAGCAUUUGGGAGUCACAGCCAGCAAAGCAACCAGGGCCAUACGACGUUUGAUGCGGAUAUGGAGAUGGACUUGGAGGCGAACCUGGCGCCGGAAAUGCCACCAGAUGCGCCUCAGAUCCAAAAGGGAAUGAGUCAAGGGUUGACUAUAGUGACAGAUAUCACCCCAGCGCUGGCGGCGGGAGAGUCGGAUGAUGGAUCUGACGUAUUUGGGCCGUUGGAUGAGGAGGUCGCGACACCUCUGAGCCCGCCUCCCAGAUCAUACAUCAUCCCUGCGAGGCGUCUGUCUCGGUCUCGAUCGUUGUCGGAAUCAACUAGCGAGGGGUAA